AUUGAUCACAGCGGCAAAAGGCCAUUGCCCUGCCCGCCUCGUGCUGAUUGGUGUUCAGACAGCUCAGCUCUGAUUGGCUCUCGUCUGGCUCACUGGCACGACCCUGUCCAGUUGAUAACUGGACGUCCGGCCUCGGCCAAUCAGAGUCUGGCAUCUUUGCGUAAUCAGCUUACUCGUCAAGCCUCGGCGUGA